AUGUCGUGCACGCCCGGGUUGAUUACGUGGAAUAUUCCGCCCUUCGACACUGACAAGGUGAUGUGCCCCGAGUACAGUGAGGUGUGCACGAUAUCCGCCACCGGCAGCGGCGUGACCCCAGCGGUUGAAUGGGACGGCACGGAGAAGGAGUGGAGGAGAACGGCCCCUGCGGAAGCGCCGGAGCCGGAGACAGCGCCGCCGAGUAGCGACGUGAAGGUCGCUUCAGAGCCCGCUGGGGACUCCCUCCUCAGCGCGUCGGAGGAACAACACCAACAAAGGGGGGGAAAAGAUCCGCGACCUCAGUUGUCGCAGGAUGCAGACAGAGAGGCAGGCGAGGCGUCAGCACCUUCUAACAGCACGCCCAACUCCGACGCAGAGGAAAACGAAAGGCGGAGUACAAAAAAGAAAGAAGGUGGAGGAGGAGGAAGAAAAGACAGAAGGCAGUGA